GACAGAAAUCGAGUCGCCAUCUAUCAUCUAUGUACGAGGCAGAGCGGCAGACGGCGACCGAGACGCCGGGGACGCAAGCGACCCAACAUCCACGACGACAAUCGAUCUGCCCGUCGCCGAGGAAGAAGAUGAUGGUAGAGAAGCGCAACGUCAAAUACCACUGAGGGCGCGAAGCAGAGAAGCAGAAUCGUCGGUUGUCCACGACGGAGAGCCGAAUCGCGCCUACGCCGCGAUUUGCUGAUGUGGCACCGAUGGAGAAGAAGACGAACGGGUUGGAGAUGUGGCUGGGAGCGCUCUCGACUCCGUGUCAUCGGCUGGGGAGUUCCCCGCCGAGAGAGGAGAAGCCGGAGAGAGUGGAGACGACUGAGGCUCUAUUCGUGUGGUUGGCACCGUCCCCUGUAGCGGCCGACGCGGAGAAGAAGCAGCCGGCAAGCGAGAAGUUGGAGGGAGGCGAGUUCUCUUCCCCUCAAACCCUAGGCCGCCGAAGCUUGGAGUGGGUCGGGCUCUUGAUGGGCCAAGAUGGUUGGAUCGCAAGCCCUAACCGGCGAAAGCAAAGGCCGACGCGGAUCAGGCUCGAGGAAGAAAAGAAGUUUGUUGUGCACGCGUCGAGCCAAAUAGAUCUGCAAGGGAGAUUUGUCAUGGGCCAGUCCGACAGACAAGACAGUCCAAGGUUGGGUCAGACUUUGGCCAAACAAGAAAAGAAUCCUAGGCAAGACAAGAAAGAGAUCAGUUGGACUCAUGGAGUUAUUGGGCCGCUUUUUCAAGUGGAACUUGGGCCACUAGUUGGCUCUAUUGUUGGGUCUAUUCUGCAGGAGCAUAACUUGAAGGCUGAAGGAAGUGGGCCUCAGUUGGGCUGUUGGAUUAAGUCUCUCUUAUAUGGUGUUGGGCCAAUGCAGAAAAGAGGACUUAAGCCCAACGUUGGAUCUGAUUUUAAAGAGAUAGGCUUGGAGGAAAAGAAUGAAGGAGUUAUGAGGUUGGCAAGUGGGCUUGUAAGCCCAAACGAAAUUAAGAAGAAGAAGAGCGCCUCAUUACUCCAAGCAAUUGUGGGCCAAAUCCAAGAUGUAGGAAAUGAAAGUUUGUUGAAGCUAGGGGUUAUUUCCACCACUAAGUCCAUGGAGACAAUUAUGGAGGACAAGGAAGAACAAUUUUCACACUCUUAUUUCGUGGACUUAGAAAGAGAGGAGGAAGAAUUGUUUAGCUAUGGAGAACAUGCACGUGUCACGUGGUUCGAGAAAAGUCGAUGGAAUUGAAAAUUGUUGAAGAUGACUUCCUUCGCAGUCAGGAGCGCAACUGGAAACGAAGGAAGCAUAAGGUCACAAAGACGAAAGUCGGCUACGACCUUGAGGGCAAUGUCAUUUUCGAGGGGAGGAGAUUGUUAGAAACCCAAUUUCCGUGGGUUUCUCUAUUUAUUUAUGGUAGGAUAAUUAUCGUUAUGGUUAGUAGAGAUUUAGUCGAAUUAGGUUAUUUGUUAGGAUUUACCGGCAUUUUCCUAUAGAUAUGUAAGUUGGCUUUCAUUAUGGAUCAAUCAAGAAGAAUAUUAGGA